GGAUAUCCUGGGGUAGUGGUAGCGGGAGGCGUUGGUGGACAACUACAUGUAGACUAGAGUAGAAGUAAAAGACACAGACCAUACCUGUCAAACUCGCGACAAUCCUGAUUAAAUGUAUCUAACUCCAGUAAUUUGCACUAAAAUCUAUAGAAAGCUGGUUUUCUUUCUUUAGUCUCCACUCGCCCUGUCUGAAUAUGGAUUCCAGAUAUUUUUUGGACAAGCCGGUGGUUGGGACGAGGGUCGGUGGUGCGGAUUUUAGCUGCCGGGCAGGCCGCUCCUUGCUGCGCGACAGCCGGGUCCCCUCGGUGGAAAAAAUCGGCCCCAUGCCGACGUACACAAACGGGCCCGUCUUUUACAAAUUUGUAAUGGACGGCGGGUCGGCGGCGGAGGUUAAAGGCGAGAAAACCUCUCCUAAAGGGAACGGACUGUCUCUGGGUGGUCGGAUAUUGCACGACAUGGAAAAAACUGGCCUGGGGGACCAAAAAGAUACCGGUUCCACUGGGAUCCUGAAGAGGGCCAGUCCUACUCACUGCUCAGGCAUAAAUGGGCAAAUGCCAAGCAGCUUCAUGCACUUGGACAUCAGGAACGCAGGGAAACAGGCAGAGAUGGCCAAUUACUUCAGGGCAGCACAAGGGCAAAACGUACCACCGACAGAGAGACAACCUCUCCCCUCUUCCCACAUCCCCGUCCCUAGAAACAGGAAGCCCUCAGGUCAUGCUGAUAAGGAGGUGAUGGCUGCCACCGUCCUAACCUCACUGUCCACAUCCCCUUUGGUGCUCUACCCUUCCUCUGCACCCACAGUUCCAGAGCCAGCCAACAGGGCUUGGAAAGAGGUGCUGUCAGCGAGCUACAGCAGUUCGACCAGCGGCAACUGGAGCUGGGAUGCCAGUGACCAAUCAGUGCCCUCCACACCGUCCCCACCUCUCUCCAACGAUGCCAACAAGAACUUCCUGCUCUCGUCCCAGGGUGAUGAUGUCAACGAGGAUGUAACAGAGAGCUCACACUUCAUGUUCGAGGACCCCAUACCCAGAAAACGAAAGAACUCCAUGAAGGUGAUGUUCAAGUGCUUGUGGAAGAACUGUGAAAAGGUCCUCAGCACGUCCUCAGGUAUCCAGCGACACAUCCGCACCGUCCACCUGGGGCGUAACAGUGACUCGGACUACAGCGAUGGAGAGGAGGACUUCUACUACUCAGAGAUCGAGGUCAACAUGGACAGCCUCACAGAGGGCUUGUCCAACCUCACGCCCACCUCCCCGACCACAGCUGGUCCUCCGCCCGUCUUCCCUCCACCGCUCACAGAUGUCCCUCACUCCGAACACAUCAGCAUGAACGGCUCGCAGAGCCACGUCCCGACACUGCUCAGCCAAUCAGCUCCCUCCACGCUCUGCCACAUCCGCACUGAUCACGCCUACCAGGCCACUGCUCCAGUGAGUAUCCCAGUGGGUCCCGAGCUGGCUGGGUUAGGCAGUGGUAGUGGGACCGGGCCUGGAACUGGGACUGGGACUGGAAAUGGCAUCAGUGUGUCGUGGCAGUCCCCUCCUGUCAUUUUCAAAGGCAUCCCGGGGCCUGUGACUCACGUUCGGACAAUUAGCAUUGGAGAAAAGCGGCAACCGGCAGCCAGCACACACACCACUGUUAACAAGAACCAUGCUUUAAUAACACCAGCACCUAAAUCAACACCAGGAAGCAGGAAACCUCGUGGGGAGGCGAAGAAGUGCCGAAAGGUGUACGGCAUGGAGAAGAGAGACAUGUGGUGCACAGCCUGUCGCUGGAAGAAGGCCUGUCAGAGAUUCACCGAUUAAUCCUGUCCCCUUUCUCUGUCCGUGAGAUGAGCUCUGGCUCUUUCCGGUGGAACAGCGAGGUGGACUAUUUCACUGAGGAUAGUUCUUCAUGAAGGGGCUCUCAGUGUUUGUUCCUCCAGUCCAGCAGGGGGUUCGCUUUCUCUCUUUUUCCAUUUCCAAACACAAAGAGAAAAUCAAAGUGGCAGGUAUAAACAAACAAAAACAAAAAAAUCUGAACUUUUUGGAGACUUUUUUAAAAGACUGAGACACUUUCACUCAGUUGAUGAAUAAGGAAAAAAGAAACAUUUAAUUUGGAUUUUGAACCUUCUUGUUUGAUUUUUCACAGCCGCGACUAAAGGCGAUGUUUAAAGACUACAGAUAAGCUUUUUGGUAUACUCUGUUGUUCAUUAUAGGAGCAUCAUGUAAGCUACUGUUUAUGGGCUGGAUCAUGACUCUUUUUUUAAGGUUCAAGGGUUAACACCAGAUUUGCUCAAUAAGACCUCUGUAGCAUAUCUCUUUCUCAAUGUCACUGUUUAAGGGACAGCAAACCUACCAAAGGCAAAAUGCCUAUUCAAUAUGAACCAACAGUUUAGGUGUAAGCGCUAUCCCAAUCUAACAUCACUGUCUUCUGCAGCCUUAACAGAUAUUAACCGUAUGUCUGAAUACAUAUUGCUUAAUAUCUAAUAUAUGUUCAGUACAGCCAGCUAUACUUUUUCCAGUUUUGCAAAGAUGCACAAAUCUGUCACACAAAGUGGUACAAAAUGUUUCCCAUUGACUUUCCAAAAUAUUUUCUCAAGAUGUACACAAUAUAUGAAUAUAUAUUUCCCUCUUUUCUAUACUUAUACCCUAGAGAUAUGCACCUUGAUGAAAUAAGUUGUCUUUUUGAGUGUCACUGUAACCACAGCGUAUGCCUGAGAGUGGAAACCUAUUUCUUAUAUAGAGUUUAUUUUCAGCGAUGAGUUGCUGAAGCAACUAGCAGUUGCACUGUGCAAUCAGCAGGAUUACAGCAUUUAAUAAUGUCUUUCUUGCUUUGAUGUUGUCAUUGUUAUUAAGAUGAGUUCAGGCAGAAAGGCUCAGUUUUUUUUCCUUUGACAGCUGAUGUUCUUAAAAGAGAUUGUUUACCACAAUGAAUGAUAACUGCCCUUGGAAACUUUAACUUUCUGACUGAUGUAUGUUGUACAUUGGUGAGUAACAAAGAUCGUAACCUAACAAUCACUACCUGAUAAUAUGUCAGGCAUUUUUGUCAUUUAUUACAGUUUGUUAUGGAGCGGUUACCCAAUCUUUAAUCUUUAAAAAAAACAAAAAAACAAUUAGCAUUAACCAGCAAGGCAUCAUUGGUGGAUAUUAGACUUAACAGGAACCAAGACUGUUUCCUGUGUUUUUAGUAGAUAUGUGUUUAUUCCUUUUAGAAUCGUCACUCUGGUGUAACAUUUGAAAAUGAGAAGAGAAAAUCAAACUAAGUCAGUGCAGAGCAGCUGUGUUGGUGGUUGAUUGUAUACUGACUUAUGUUGUGUAGCAAAAGUUCUACCAAAGUGGAGUUUUACUUUUUAGAAUAGGCCUGUAAUAAUAGAGAGCAGGCCAACUUUCCCAAUCUUUAGAUAAAAUGUAGGUGGUAGAUUUUUAGAUAGAAUUCUUAAUUACAAAGCCCAAAUGUGUUACAUGUUUUGUAUUCAAAUUAGGUGCCUAAGAUACACAACAGGGGGGGAAAAAGGCAAAGUCAGUGGUAAUAUUAAAGAUAUUUAAACUUUAGGAGAAGUUCUUUUUUUUUAAAUGCUGAAAAACAACCGAAAACAGAAAUUCAGUGAAAAAAGUCAACUAGUUAUUCUCGGCAGGCCUCAAAUUGAAGCCUUGCAGGGGAAGUUUAUUUGUAAUUGGCUAGAAAACACUGAUAGAAAACUUGGAGAUUAUCUCUCAUCGGUGAUUUAAGUAGAAGACCACCAGUAGUCAUAUUUAAGAAUAUGGGUGCCAGUCGUUAAGAAAAAAAAGAUCUGAUUAUUUUUCUAAUUGUACAUCCAGAGAUCCCCAGAAGAAUGUUAGAUUUUUUCCCAAAUUUUCUGCGCUGAUCUUUUCAAGGUGAUAACCUGCGUCCCAUAAACCAUGGAAUCAAUUAAUUUAUAUAGCCCAAAAUUUCAAAUUGGCCUCAAAAGGUUUUACAGUCCUUCCAACAUACAAAAACCCUGAAUUCUGUUAAAGAAUCCACAUGUACAGAAAAAAAACAUUUUAGUGGUUUUUAUUUUUCUGAUCUUGCUUCAGAGGUAACGUCAUGACAGAAGAGAAUCACUUUUGUGCUCUUUUGUGACCAGCUUUUUGAAUGUAAUUUCUGCUACAUGUCCUAUUUUCUAAGCGCUCCUGACCCAAUCUGAUCACCAUAGCAACGUAUGACAAACACGCACACACAAACACAGAGGGCCUGUCUCUUCAUUUCUGAGCGCCGUUUCUUUCAGCAGACACCUUGACUGAAGUACAGUGCGACUUUAGACCUCUGUCGCCAUAGAAACACCUGUACUUUCCUCCGUCGCCAGGGUCACUUAUGCAGUCUGCUGUUGGCUGAUACCAUGUUAUAGGCGUCAGGUUAUCGCUUCCAGAUGAAAGCUCAGAAGCCUAUUAAUUGAUCGCUUUAAUAUUAAUAAUAUUUCAUUUAGUUCCCAUUACUGACCACCACCAUAUUGUUCUGGAAAUGUUUUUGGAUUCAUUAUCCUGCCUGUAAAAGCGUUUAUUCCAGUGGCAUCCCAGAUAAGCUAGGUCUGCCUCUCUCUCUUCUUGUGAGAGCGAUCUGUGAGGCCUCUUCCGGUCAGAAAACUUCACAAAGUGCCAAUGAAAAGAACAUAAAAAGGAAAGGUAUACUGACCUAAUAAAAUUGCACUACGCUGCACUGCGCAAAUACAUGUUUUUAUACAUGGACGUUUUAUAUACACACAUUUUGAAGUGAUUUUUUUUCUUUCUUUUUUUUUUUUUCCUUUUUUUUCAGAGGGGGCUGAAGGGGUGUCGUCACUGCCCGAUGGAAUAAAUGGGGUGUCAGGGAUAGAGGUCGUGCACCUCUGUGGUCCCCCAUUAUUAAUUCUUGACAGUUCAUGUCUUGCUCUCUGUGUCAGAUUUAUUGAACAUACCAUAGUGGUGCUGGCAGUUUUAGAAGUGUGGUACUGGGAAGCACAGUGUGGUACUUAAGUAGUCAGUCACUUUGCCUCUCCUUGGAGAAGUGCCAAGGGCCGAAAGCAGCACCCACCUUGUCUCAGUGAUGGGAAAACAUCCGUCUCAGUCAGUGGCUCCACAUUAUCUUCUGAAUAGCAGAUGCUUUUAUAAUGUUUUAUUGCCUGGAGUUUCUUCACAACACACAUUUUACACCAUAAAGAAAAUCUUUGUGCUUCCUUUACCUAAAUAACAAAAAAAACAAGAAAAAAACAAAUUCCUGCUUAUUUCCAUUUUACUGAGCUGAGAUAAUAACUGUGUAGAUGCUGUUAUUAGUGCUGGAUACCACUUUUAUAUUACUGUUAUCUCUGGUUUGGUCUUUGCUAGAGUGUCAAAUGCAACCCAUCAGGUGUCUCUCCAUCCUCAGUGUAAGCACUUUUAGAUUCCACCAGCAAGGUUAGAGGCCAAUGCUAUUUGCUGGCAGUGAAUGGGGCUAUUAGCUAAUGUUAAGCUAACAGGUUCCAGUGCUUUCCAGCCACUAUUUCACCUUUUUUUUACGUGCUCAAAACUGGUCAGUGACAAUUAUGGCCCACAGUGCAAACUGGGUUCAUCAUGGCCAGAACGAACUUUGGGUACAAAGUUGUUCUUGUGCACAAAUCUUGGACAUUUUUGUAAAAAACAAAAAACAAAAAAUGAAUUAGAGCUUUCACUGAGAACAUGAGAUGGAGAUUGAACCUGGUUGUUCAUGGGUGUGCAGGGAGGGUGAGGGAGAGUUACGGUUGAUGGAAAGCGGACGCGAGAUGCACAGUGACGAUUAUAGAUGGAUUCGCAGUUUCAGGGCUUUCUUGUACAUAUGCAAAAUAAAGAGAAUCCGUGAGGCUUUUUCAUAUAUUGUUGUUAUUUUUUUUGUUGAUGUUUCUCUGUUUAUAUGAAAAGGAAACUUUUUUUUUUUACAUUACAGUUGCUCAGAAUUUUUUUUCUUUCUUUAAAAAAAAAAAAAAAAAGUCGAUUGAGAAGCUAUAGUGAACAUAACACGUUAAGAUUCAAUGUAUAUUGUAGCUUAGUGGCAAAGGGGAGAAAAACAAAACCUGUUGAAUGUAAAACCUUCAAAAAGAAAUGUCUUUUUUUGUUGUUGUUGUUAUAUUUGCUGGCUAGUUCGUACUGCCUGUAGUGAACCUAUAACACAUCCUGAUUUUUUUGGUAUCCAAAUCGUUUAACACCCACAGACAGCUGUCGCCACACUGCUAUGUCAUAUCAAAUAACACAACCAUGCAGUAUUGCUUUACUAUCUUACUUUGUGCAAUGAGAUGCUUUAUCAUGGAACAAGAAUUAACUCGAGCUUUUGGUGACAUCUGGGCUACUCGUUGAUCUGUCUUUUCUCCCUGCCAAAUAAUCAUUUAUCUGAUGACGUGUGGUUAUUGUUGUCCUGGAUGUUGUUUGUGGUUGUGAUGUUAAGUUGUUGUUAGGCAGGAUAACUUUCAACCUUUUUAUUCACAAUGAAAAAAAUCCUAACAUUGUGGGAAUCUUUAUCCUGCCCUGCACAUUCCAACAGACAGCACGCUUUUAGUGUCUUCCAGUUGUUUUUCCUAAUCAACAUUUCUUUCCCAUUUCCUUUUCACUACAGUGAUUUUUCUCUGAUCACCUUUUCUUUUCCACCUGCUGUUCUUUGUGCUAUCCAGCUUUACUGUGGUCCCACCCAAGCCUUUACCCAGUAUAUUAAGCUAACUAAACCCUUGAAAUGUGCAUCAAAAAGCCUUUGUUUUUUUCCAAAUAUGUCAAAAUGUAUGUGCUGCUUCUUUUUUUUUUUUUUUAAAUGUCAGUUUUCAUUUUUGUGUAAACCAGCAGCAGCAGCAAAGCCAAUGGAUCUCCUUCCAAAUCAAAUGUAAAGCAUUGCAAUGGCAGCUCCACUCACUUCUCUGCUUCUUCUACUGUGCUCUUAUUGUUCAUUCAGGCUUUUUAUCCUGUCUGUCUAAUUUCGACGACCAUUUCUUUUCUCUGGUUGAAUUUUUACUGAGCCUGACACUGGCUGGUAUGAAAACUGACUUUAGCUUUUUUUGUUUUGUUUGUUUGUUUUUGGUUUCUCAUUGAUUGAUUGAUUGAUUGAUUGAUUGAUUGAUUGUCUGGUUGAGUUUGAGGUUGUUUUGCAUGUCUAGCAUCGCUUCCCCCUCUCUCCCCCGUUCUUUCUUGUUAGGAGAUACAACACUGAAGGGUUUUAUGUGUUAGAUUUCCCUCCUUUCAGUAACUGAUAACCCCAAGGCUGAUUUAGUCUGUUUCCCUCUAAAUGAAAAGAUGCUCAUUGCAGCAUAACACAAAGACACACAGAGACACACAGACACACAGUGCUAAAUGCAUUUUGAGGGAAAAUGUGAUGUCAGCCUUAGUGUCUUCACUGGAGGGCAAGAUUUCUCCUGUGUGUGGGCUCAGCCUCUGGUUUUCAUCAGCAGUCCCACGCACACGGAGGAAGCACUUUCUGAGGAGUGGUGCACUCAAGGAGUAUUUGUGUGAAUGUCAAGCCUAUGAGUAGUGCUUGAAAAGAUGGAUGACCAUGUAUGAUGCUGAUAAUGUGAUCUAUGUGAUGUAAUGUGACGGAAAGAAAAUAAAACUGAAUGGAAGAA